AUGGACGAAGAGAAAGCUCGGCCCCUACUUUACACCGCUUCUUCGUGCAGUAGCUGUCCAUCGCGCGCGCGCCCGCUGCUGGGCUUUGUUUGCAUUCGGAUUUGUUUUGGAGGAGGGUCAAGGUUAGAGAUCAGGAGACGAAAUGGGUCAUCAUAGGCUGUUCAAUCCCUUGGGCUUCCUUCUUGCCAUCGUCGUCUUCUACGGUGGAACAGAGCAGCGGAGAGCAGAGGCAGCAGCAGGCGGAGCGAGCCCGCACAGGCUGCUCACCACCAUCUCGGUGUCCAAGCCGUCCUACCCCACGGUCACCACGCCCAUGUCGGCCUACGCCGACCCGGUCUCCACGCCAGGCACCCCGUACUCCACGUUCCCGUCGCUGGCGACUGGGACCGGUGGUGCCGGUGCCGGUGCCGGUACUGGUGGCGGUGGCGGUGGUGGUGGUGGUGUUGGUGCCGGUACCGGUGGUGGCGGUGGUGGUGCUGGUGCAGGUGGAGGCGGUGGCGGCGGCGGCGGCGGCGGGACGUGGUGCGUGGCGAGCCAGAGCGCGAGCCCGACGGCGCUGCAGGUCGCGCUGGACUACGCGUGCGGCUACGGCGCGGACUGCUCCCCGAUCCAGCAGGGCGGGAGCUGCUUCAACCCCGACACAGUCCACGACCACGCGUCCUACGCCUUCAACAGCUACUACCAGAAGAACCCCGCCCCGACCAGCUGCGACUUCGGCGGCACCGCCACCAUCACCAACACUGAUCCCAGUUCAGGGUCGUGCCAGUACCCAUCAUCAAGCGGCGGCGGACAGAACAUGAUGCCCCCGCCAUCCCCGACGACCAUGCCGCCGACAGUCCCCACCACCCCGAUGACCCCGAUGACGCCGACAACGCCGGACACCACCCCGGUCUACGGAUUGUCCCCACCGGACUACGGCUCAAUGUCCCCUCCCGGUCCCGGCUACGGAUCAACGUCUCCGCCGGACUACAACGACGUCGGCGCCGCCGCGACGAUGGGGCAGCAGGGCAGUGCGGCGGCGCUGGCGCUUCUGUGCGUCCUCAUCGCGGCAGUGUCGCUGCACGUCUCCAAAUGAGAGCGCUGCACAGGGCAGUUUCAGUUUCAGUUGAGACGUUACACGGCGGCGCGCCCCGUACGUGGUGGCUGAAAAGACGCAAAGGUGCAUCACCGAGGACCGACCUCCGGUGGUGUGCUAGCUGCCCGGCGCCGGGGAGAGCAGAGUCGUCGCUAAGUCUGCUUAGUGUUGUACUAUAAGAAAUGUGGCGAGCUUCUAGCGGCGCCCCAGUUCUAGAAGAAGCACCAGAUGUUUAUACAUAUAUAUUGGCCAUUCCGCUAUUGUACUUAGGAGUAUAUCAGAAAAUUUGUUUACCUGCCCUCUCCAUUUGUUCAUGCUGAAUAAUAUUGCUACCAACGAUAUACCGACAGUUUCA